AUGCCUGAAGACCCCAAGACUGCUACUGUCAACGCCGAGCCCACCGAGACCGCCGUCCCCGCCGUCCCCGCGACCCAGCCCACCCAGGCCACCGAGGCCACCCAGCCCGCGCCUAGCGCCAGCGCCGCCGAGUCUUCCUCCCCCAAGACCGAGACUCCAGUCCGCAUCCACAAGGCCGAGUCGGUUGCCGACUCGGAGACUGAAGUCUACGAACUCGCCCAAGAGCACCUCGACCCCGUCGACACCACCGUCGAGGCCAUCGCCGAGGCCGUCGCGCAGCCCAUCAAGGAGCUUGCUCCUGCCGCGACGGCCGAGGCGCCCGUUUCCCCCGCCCCUGCCGCUUCUCCCGUUCCCGUUUCUGUUCCCGUUUCCUCCCCCGCCGAUACCCCCGCAGCUCCUGUCCAGGAUGCUGAUCUCAUCCCCGCUGCGGCCGCUCCUGAGGCCGUGAAGCCCGUCGAGGUUGCCGCUGAAGCUGUAAAGCCUGUUGAGGUUGCCACCGAGAGCGUGACCGAGGCGUCGCCCAAGGAGGCAACUCCUGCGCCGAUCCAGGUCGAGGCGACGCCCAAGCCCCAGCCUGCCCCUCUGGCUGAGGCUGCCACUCCCGCCACCCCCAAGGCUGAGCUUCCUGCGGUCGUCGAGGCGAGCCCGAAGAAGGCACCUGCGCCGAUCAACACUUCCCCGAAGCGCCCGGGCACUCCCGUCUCGUUCGCGGACAACGACAGCGUGUGCGAGUUCUACUGCUCCCGAUGUGGCUCGCCUGUUUCGUCCCGCCGCUCCUCGCUCCAGCUCUCCCGCCGCAGCUCGCGCCGCUCCUCCAUGCAGAUCGAGAUGAAGGGUGGCGAGCCCCAGGGUCUUGGUCUUGCCACUGAGCCCGAGGCCGCGAAGCCCGCUGAGGUCAAGAGUGAAGAGGCUAAGCCUGUCGAGGCGGCUAAGCCUGUUGAGGAGCCCAAGCCUGUCGAGGAGACCGAGCCUGUCGAGGCGCCCAAGCCCGUCGAGGCGCCCAAGCCCACCGAGGAGACUAAGCCCGCCGAGGUUGCCAAGCCUGAGGUCAAGGCCCCGGAGCCCGUCGCUGAGCCUAAGGCUGCUGAGCCCGUCGCCGAGCCUAAGGCUGCUGAGCCUGGGGUCGAGCCUAAGGCUGCUGAGCCUGUGGUCGAGGCUAAGGCUGCUGAGCCCGUCGCCGAGACUAAGGCUGCUGAGCCCGUCGUCGAGACUAAGACUGCGGAGCCCGCUGCCGCGACUAAGGUCGCUGAGCCCGUCGUCGAAGCCAAGGUGGAGAAGCCCGCUGACGAGGUCAAGAUCGCCGAGCCCAAGGCUGCUGAAGCUUCCGCCCCCAUCUCGGAGAAGCCUGCUGAGGAGGCCAAGCCUGCCGCCGAGGCCGUGAUCGACGCUGCUCCGGUUGUUGCGGCGGCUGCCGUUGUCGCGGCCGCAGUUACCGUCGAGUCUGCUCCUGCUGAAGUCAAGAAGGAGGAGCCGGUCGCGGCCACUCAGCCCGCCGAGGAGAAGCCCGAGGCUAAGGCGGCUGAGGAGACCAAGCCUGUCGAGGCGGUUAAGGAAGUCAAGCCCGAGGCUAGCCCCGCCCCUAUCGAGGCCGUUGAGGAGCCCAAGGUUGUUGAGAAGGCUGCCGAGGAGAAGCCUUCCCCCGUUGAGGCUCAGGAAGUUGUCGAGGACAAGCCCGCGCCUAUCAAGGUCAAUGAAGUCGUCGAGGAGUCCAAGCCCGCCGCCUCUCUCGAGGAGAAGCCCGCCCCCGUCGAGGUCAAGGAAGCCGUCGAGGAGCCCAAGGCCUCCGCCCCUCUUGAGGAGAAGCCCGCUCUUGCCGCCGAGCCCGCGCCUAUCAAGGAGGAGCCCGUUGUCGCCGCUGAGCCGGCCCCCGCCGUCACUGAAGUGAAGGAGGAGAAACCUGUCGAGAAGGCUGCUGAGGCUACCCCUAUCGUCGAGUCGACUCCUGUUGCUGAGACUACUCCAGUCGUCGAGGCCACGCCUGAGGUCAAGAACGAGGAGGGUUCUGCCCCUGUCGAGGCCAAGGAGGAGGCCGCAGCUCCUGUCAUCGAGACCCCUGUUCCGGAGGUGAAGAAGGAGGUUCCGGAGGUGAAGAAGGAGGAGACCUCCGCCCCCAUCCAGGCCAAGGAGGAGGUCGCUGCUCCGGUUCAGGUUGAGGAGGAGGCCACUGCCCCCGUUGAAGUCAAGGAGGAGGCCGUUCUCCCUGCUGAGGUUAAGGGGGAGGCUAUCCCCGAGCCUGAGGCCGAGUCGAAGGCUAUGGAGGAGAAGGCAGUUGAGGUUGCUCCUGUCGCCGCUGUCGAAGUCGCCCCUGUCGAGAUCAAGAAGGAGGAGCCCGCCUCCGAGGCUGAGAUUAUCGAGGAGAAGGCUGUCAACGUUCCUGUCCCCGUCCUCGAGAGCGCUCCUGUCUCUGAUGCUGCCGUCAUUGAGACGGCGCCCGUCGAGCCCGCCCCUGCUGAGGUGAAGAAGGAGGAGUCCAUCGCCGAGACCAAGACUGCGGAGUCCGUCUCUGAGAAGCCGACCGAGAGCGCCGCUCCUGCACCUGCCGUCAAAGCUGCCCCUCCGGUUGAGGUUACGAAGGAGGAGCCGAUUGUGGAGAAGGCUGCCGAGAUCCCCGCUGAUGCCGUUCCGGUCGUCGCCGCUGCUGCAGUUGUGGCCGCCGCCACUGUUGCUGUCGCGGCCGCCCCGGCGGAGGUCAAGUCCGAGGAACCCACUCCUGUUCAGGAGGUCAAGCCUGUUGAGUCUAUCCCGGCCGAGGUCAAGGAGGAGGUCGUUUCCGAGGCCAAGCCCAUUGACGCUGCCACGGAGAGGACUGAGGUCGUUGCAGCCGCCGUCGAGGCCCCAGCUUCCGAGGUCGUCGCCCCGGCUGAGAUCGCGGAGGAGGUGCCAGUCUCCGUUGCUGAGCCCGUGGCCGAGACUAAGCCUGAGGAGCCUCAGGUCAUUGAGGAGAAGGCGAUCGAGAUCCCUGCCCCUGUCGCUCCUCAAGUCGAGAGUCAGCCGAAGGAGCUUGCUGCCGAGAAGCCCAAGACUGAGGCCGUUGCCCCAGUCCCCGAAGCCGUCGCCGUUAUUGAGGCUGCCCCCGUCGAGGUCAAGUCGGACGAGCCCAUCGCCGAAGCCAAGAUCGCCGAGCAGGUUGCUGAGGAGGCCAAGAUCGUCGCUUCCACUUCCGUGCAGGAGGAGGUGAAGAUUGAGGAGCCCAAGACUGUUGAGGUACCCAAGGAGGAGAAGCCUAUCGAGCCCGCCACCCCUGAGGCGGAAGUUGUCGCGGAGACUCCUGCCCCUGUCGCUAGCGUUGUCAACACUAAGGCUACUGAGGAGGUCAAGACCGCCGAAGCGGCCCCUGCCAUCGAGGCUACGCCCGCCCCCGUCGAAGCUGUCAAGGAGGAGCCUAAGCCGGAGGUCGAGGCUCCCGUCAUCGACGCUGCCCCCGCGUCUGAGACCGUCAAGGCUGAGGAGCCCGCCGCCCCUACUGCUCCUAAGGUCGAGGAGCCCGCGAAAACCGAGACUGUCGCCCCCCCUCCAAUUGCUGAGGCUGCCCCUGUCACCGAGGCUGCCUCUGUCGUCACUGAGGCUCCGCUGGCGGAGGAGAAGGCUGCUCCUACCGAGACAGCGGCUGCGUCCGUUGAGGAGAAGGUUAUCGAGGCCAAGAUCGAGGAGCCCGUUGGCAGCGCUCCUGAGUCCGAGCAGACCCCUGAGAAGGUCGCCGAAGUUGCUCCCGUCCAGACCGAGAAGCCGAUUGAGGUUGCUCCGGAGCCGACCAAGAUCGAGGAAGAGGUCACUGAGGCUCCCGCCCCCAUUGCUGCUGAGACCUCCAAGACCGAGGCGGCCGCUGAAGCUACUACCGCCGAAGCUGCCCCUGAGGCCACACCCGCCGCCGAGCCGACCGUCGCUGAGCCUAUUCCCGAGCCGAUCGCCCUGAAGAUCGAGGAGAAGGUUGUCGAGCCCGAAGCCCCGAAGGCUGAUGUCGCUGUCGAGGCUCCUCAGGAGGUCGCGGUCGAGGCUCCUCAGGAGGUCGCGGUUGAGGCGCCCAAGGAGGUCGCAGUUAAGGCUCCCAAGGAGGCCGUAGUUGAAGCGCCCAAGGAGGUCGUCGUCGAGGCUCCUCAGGAGGUCGCGGUCGAGGCUCCCGAGGAGGCCGCAGUUGAGGCGCCCAAGGAGGUCGCGGUUGAGGCUCCCAAGGAGGUUGUCGUCGAGGCGUCUGAGGAGGUCGCUGUGGCGGCUCCCAAGGAAGUCGUCGUCGAGCCUGAGCAGGUCGCCAUCGAGGCCCCCAAGGAGGCUGAGAUCGUCAUCGAGGCUCCCAAGAAGGUCGCUAUCGAGGCUCCUAAGGAGGUUGCUGUCGAGACUGCUAAGGAGAUUGAGAUUGCCGUUGAAACUCCUAAGGAGGCUGAGGUUGCCGUCGAGACUACCAAGGUUGCCGAAGUUGCUGUUGAGGCGCCUAAGGAGGCUGCUGUUGAGGCUCCUAAGAACGUUGCCGCCCAGAGCCCCGACGUCGAGACCCAAGGCGUCGCUGAGAUUGCGGUCGCGGAGAAGACAGUCGAGAGCAAGGCGGAGGAGAAGCCCGUUCAAGUUGCUUCCCCCGCUGCCGAGGCGGUCAUCGAGAGACCCGCUGCUGAGACUGUCACUCCCGUAAUCGAGGCCGUCCAGACGGAGGAGGCUGCCGCCGAGGUCAAGCCCGCCGAGGUCGCCACUCCUGAAGCUAUCGCCACACCCGCGGAGGAGCCCAAGGUUAAGACGCCCGCUGAGCUCGCCGUCGAGCCCGUCCCUGAAGUCACUAUCGCUCCUGAGCCCACUAAGGUCGAGCCCGCGCUUGAGCCCAUUGUUCAGACCGAGCUGCCCAAGGUUGAGGCCGUGUCCGAGCCCGUUGAGGAUGCGGUCGCCGCGAAGGUCGAGGUUGACGUAGUUGAGACUGCCCCGAAGACUGAAGAGCCUAAGGCUCUUGAGUCCGUCGCCGAACCAACCACUACGAUCGAGGAGAGCACCGCCCCCGUCAUCGAUGAAGCUGUCGCUAUUGAGCAGACUUCCGUCCUCGAGAAGUCCUCCGAGCCGAUCGCCGAGGCUGAGCCCAUCGGCAUUGCUGCCGCUGUCGCUGCGUCCGCCGCUGUUGUCGCUGAGAAGGCUGCCGAGCCCGCCACGGAGACCGUUUCCGAGCCCGUCAAGGCUGAGGAGCCCAAGAGCGAAGUUGUCGCCGAGCCCGUCGCCGCCGCCCCCGAGCCGAAGAAGGAGGCCGCUCCUGAGCUCGUCGCCGCCCCGAUCACUGAGGAGAAGGCUGCUCCUGUUACUGAGACCCCCAAGGUGGUCGAGCAGCCCGAGACGGACAUUGCCACCGUUCAAGAGACUUCCAAGGCUGAGGAGCCGAAGGUCGAGAAGAUCGCUGAAGAGGUUGCUCAGCCGAUCGUCGAGGAGGUUAAGACCGAGGCUACUCCGAUCGAGUCCGCCCCUGCCCCCGCGGAGGUUACCGAUCCGAUCGCCGAGAAGCCCGCCACCGAGACUCUCCCCGCCAAGGCUGCCCCUGCCGAGCCCGUCGUCACCGAGGCCGUUGUCGCCGCCGAGAAGGUCGCCGAGCCCGAGCAGCCCAAAGUCGCCGCGGCCGAGCCCGAGGUCGUUGCUGAGGAGCCUGUUGUCGCGGCUGUAGAGACCCAGGCUAUCGCCGAGGAGGCCAAGCCGAUUGAGGAGGCCAAGCCGACUGUCAGUGAGGAGGCCAAGCCUGCCAACACCGAGGAGCCGAAACCGGCCACUGCUGAGACGGUCGAGGCUGCGGAGGCGAAGCCUGCCGUCGUUGAGGAGGUGAAGGUUGAGGAGGCUAAGAUUGAGGAGGCGAAGGUUGAGGUCCCCAUUGUGGAGGCUCAGCCUGUUCUCGCUGAGAAGCCAGAGGAGGAGGUCGCUGAGGCGCAGCCGAUCGAGGAGGUCAAGGCCAUCAAGGAGGAACCUAUCGUCGCCGAGGCCGCCCCGAUCGCCCAGGAGGCCAUUGUCUCCGAGAAGAAGGCAGACGUGGUUCCCGCCGUGGGGGCUAUCGUUGUCGAGGCCCCUGUCAUCGUUGCUGCCGCUGCCGAGCCGAUGCCUGCAGAGGUUAAGCCCGAGGAGACCACUACCGAGGAGCCGGUCGCUGCCAAGCACGACGAAGUUGUGGUUGCGGAGGUUAAGGAGGUGAAGGAAGUCGUCGAGGAGAAGGAGGUCGUUGAGGUGAAGGAGGAGGUCGUUGAGACGAAGGAGGUCGUCGAGGUAACGCAAGAGGCCGUCGAGGAGAAGAAGGAGCCCGAGAACCAGGUUCAAGUCGAGGAGAAGAAGGUCGAGGUUGAGACCGUUGUUGAGGCUGCCCCUGCCGCCGAGUCCGUUGAGCGCGCCGCUCCUGCCGAGACUACUGUCUCGGCGGUUGAAGAGGCCGCUCCCGCCAUCCCCAUUGAGGAGACCGCCCUCGCUCCCGCCCCGGUCGAGGCUGAGAAGGCCGAGCCCGUCCCCGAAAUCAAGAGGGAGGAGCUGGUCACUGUUGAGGCUACCCCCGCCCCCGCCGCGAUUGAAGCCGAGAAGGUCGAGCCCGUUCCCGAAGUCAAGAAGGACGAGCCGGCCACUGUUGAGGCUACCUCCGCCCCCGCCCCCACCGAGGCCGAGAAGGCUGAACCCGUCCCCGAAGUUAAGAAGGACGAGCCUGCUGUUGUUGAGGUCGCCGCUGAGAAGAAGUCCGAGCCCGCUGUCGAGUCUAUCGCUGAGAAGGUCGAGUCCGUCGAGGUUAAGAAGGACGAGCCCGCCCAGGCCGCUCCUACCGUUGUUGAAGUCGAGAAGGUUGAGCCCGUUGUUGAAGCUGCUCCCGCCCCGAUCGCCGACGAGAAGCAGACUGAGUCCGCCCCUGAGGUCGCUCCCGCUGAGACCGCCGCCCAAAUCGAGGAGAAGCCCGAGCCCGUCGCCGCUCCCGCUCCUACCGAGGAGAUCAAGCCCGCUCCUGAGGCCACCGCGGUUGAGAAGGUCGACGAACCCGCCGCCGUCUCCGAGAAGCCCGUCGAAGCUGUCACCGAGCCGGUCGUUACUGAGAAGGCUGCUGAGGAGCCGGUGAAGACUGAAGAGGCUGUCGCCCCCGUCGAGACAGCCCCUACUCCUGUCCCCGAGCCCGAGAAGCCCGUCGAGGUUGUCGCUGAGCCGGUCCUCAUUGAGAAAGCAGCUGAGGAGUCCGCGAAGACCGAGGAGGUUGUCGCUGCCGUUGAGACGGUCCCUGCUCCUGCCCCCGAGCCCGAGAAGACUGAAACCGCCCCCGUCCCCGAGAAGGCCGCUGAGGCUGUCGCUGAGCCGGCCGUUAUCGAGAAGGCUGCUGAGGAGCCGGUGAAGGCUGAGAAGGUUGUCGCCCCCGUCGAGACGGCCCCUACUCCUGUCGCCGAGCCCGAGAAGACUCAAACCGCCCCCGUUCCCGAGAAGGCCGCCGAGGCUGUCGCUGAGCCGGCCGUUAUUGAGGAGUCCGUGAAGACUGAGGCGGCCGUCGCCUCCGUUGCCGCCGUUGGCGCCGUUGAGGCCGUUUCCGCUCCUGCCGCUGAGCCCGAGAAGAUCGAGUCCACCCCUGUCUCCGAGAAGCCUGUCGAGGCCAUCGCUGAGCCUGUCGUCGCCGAUAAGGCCGCUGAGGAGCCGGUGAAGACUGAGGAGGUUGUCGCCGCCGAGCCCGAGAAGGUUGAGUCCGUCCCCGCUGUCGAGUCCCGCGCCGAGUCGCCCGUCCAGGCCCCUACGCCUGCUGAGACCGCCACGCCCGCGUCCGAGGCUGUCGCCACUCCCGCCGCCCCCACGCCCGCCGCUGUCGAGACCAAGGAGCCUACGUUUCCCGAGUUUCCCGCCUUUCCGCCCGGGAGUCCUCAAGCGACGCGAAUGGAGCUCUUUCAUGCUGCGAGGAGUUUACGCGCGCAAACCUUGCUUGAGCGUGCCAACCGAGAUGCCGAGAGUAGUACCGAGUCAUUCAUUUUAGUAUAA